AUGUGCGAUUUUUCCACAUGGCUUUCUCGAGGUUGGUGCAGGACUGAGAUGUGGUGCAAGAUCUUGUCAUCCAGGUCAGAUGUGCCGUUGGUUGAGGUUUCAGGUACGGACAAGGUGGAUUUCUUCGUUCCUUUCAGGUGGGUGGAUGCCCCAGUUCCUGAAGGCAACUUCACUGUUGAAGCUGAUCGAGAAGUCUGCUGCCGCAUUACACAUGCAGCAUUGGAAGCCAAGUUGGGCCAGCUUGCUGGCAAACGCAAGCACCUCAACGUAUUCAGGUACCUUUCAGGAAGGUAUGAAGACUUUAUUGGCACCCCGCCAGCAACGCGGACCCCAGAGUCAUUUGCUUCGAACUUUCACAUCGCUUCGCUGGAGAAGUCUGCCAAACAGCGGAAAGGGGUUACAGCAGUUGCUUGCGCCAUUUUGUCCGGAGACAUUGGUAUGCUAAGAUAUUUGGCAAGGAGCCGAGCGCAGCUCGACAUGAAGAUGCCAGAGUUAUGGGAAAUGGCAUUGCCGGCAGGAUGUACGGCUCUCCACUUGGCCGCCAUCAAGGGCUCACGAGGUGUGGAGGUCUUAGAGGAGCUUCUGAUACUGAGGAGUGAUCCCAAUGCUUGUGAGCAGAAUGGCGGCUCCGUCUUGUGCUACUGCCAACAUGAACGAGCAGUUGCUGGGUUGAGCUUCUUGUCCAGCGGCUUGGGGAGCACAGAGGUUGAUGCAUCGUCUUGCCGUGCUUUGCUCUUGCUCACAUGCAUCUGCGCGCCUCCUGCAGUUGCAACGCGAUUGCUGGAGCUUCGAGCACAGGCCCAGCACUUCAGUGCGGGUGUGCACAAAUGCCGCCUGUUCCUGUCCAUGCUCUGGGUGAGCAUCAGACUCAAGCUUUCCUAG